ACGCUUGCAGCCCUCUGGUAUUCACGCUACAGACGUGUGUAACAAUACCACAAUGAACACCUGUACAGUUCUGCAGGCCGCGGGCUCGUAUCGCGACGUCGGAUUCUCGUCGUGCGCCGCCGUGGGCAUCCAGGGCAGGUCGGGUCGCAACGCAUUACCAACCACAAGACUGCACGGAGACGACGGCGGCAUGACCUUUUCGUCGGGAAACACCUGGCCUGCAAACUACCGAUCGCCGCUGCUUUCCCUCCCACCGGAGCUUCGCCGGCAGAUAUAUCACUGGGUAUUUCUCAUGACCCCGGUGCGCAACGGGUCACCAGACCCGGCGUACCCAGCGCCUGAGGUUCGUCGAUGUGAGCUCAGAUGCUUGACGGAGGACCAAGAUGUCGACGACGACGAUGACGACGAAAUGCACCGUGUACAACGGCCGCCGAGGCUCCUCUGCCCGGACAGACCACUGUGUGGCGUGCCAACAAGCCUCCUGCGAAGCUGCCGGCAAGUCUACGACGAGGUCCGCAUGGUGCCGUUUGAAUCAAACGAAUUCGUGUUCGCGACGUGGUUCGCGUCGGGCCUGGUGACGGCGCACGCGAUUGUCACGGGAGUUUUGCGGCCGUGGCAGCGGAGGGCGAUGCGGUACGUGCGAAUGGAAGCGCUCGGCCGCGAGCUCCAGGGCGAGGCGGCGCUGCAGACGUGGGCGGCGCUGAGCGAGACGUGGGCCGGGCUUCGGGGGCUCAGGGUCCGGAUCGCGAGCCCGUCGGGUGGCGACGGCGCGCUGAAUGACUUGAUGUUGUUGUUGCGCUCAUCAACACCACAGCCCAGCGAGAGGCGGGACGCGAACGAAGGGGCCGAGACGAGGCCUGACUGGGAGCUGGUCGGACGCGUGGGCGAGGAAUGGGCCGCCAAGGGGGGGCUUGCGCACAUGAGGGGCCUGGAGAGACUCGAGGUCGAGCUGGCGGUGCCGACGUGGAGCACGCAGACGAAGCUCGACUUUUGCACGGCGGUACAGCGGAUGUUGAGGCAAGGGGGUUCGAGGGCCGUGGUGGUUUGCACGACGAGCGAUGCUGCUGUUGUUGUUGGCUAGGG